CCCUGCUUCACCUGUUCGCAGACACAUUUCUUGCCCCCUUUUCUCACUCGGGAUUGCAUUCGAUCAGUCCCCCCGUGACAAUGACCAAAGCCCACGCGCGCCCGACAAUGCUGUGGUUCGCCGGCUGCAGCCUGCUGCUCCUCUCCGCGCCGCUCGCCGGCGCCUCCCUGUCCGAGAUGGUGUUCCGAUGCCCGGGCUGCACCGCGGAGCGCCAGGCGCUCUGCCCGCAGCUCACCGAGCAGUGCGCGGAGAUGGUGCGCGAGCCGGGCUGCGGGUGCUGCCCCGUGUGCGCCCGGCAGCAGGGCGAGGCGUGCGGCGUCUACACUCCGAGGUGCUCCACCGGUCUGCGCUGCUACCCGACGCCCGACUCGGAGCUUCCCCUGGAGCAACUGGUGCAGGGCCAGGGCCAGUGUCGGCGCAAAGUGGACGCAGAGACGGCAACUUACAGCCCGGAGCAGCGGGAGCACACCAGCGGUGAGGCCUUGGAGCUGCAGCCUGAUCUGGACGUGAGCGAGGUCCCGACAGUCCGAAAGCCCAGUAAAGACGCCGCCUGGCUUGGACCCAAGGAGAGUGCCGUACGCCAGCACAGGCAGGAAAUGAAGACCAAAAUGAAGACCAACAAGGUGGAAGAGACUCAGUGUCAGCAGGAGCUUGACCAGGUCCUGGAGAGGAUAUCCAAGAUGCCCUUCAGAGAUAACCGAGGUCCUCUGGAGGACCUCUAUGCACUGCACAUCCCCAACUGUGACAAGAGGGGGCAGUAUAACCCAAAACAGUGCAAGAUGUCGCUUCAUGGUCAGAGGGGCGAGUGUUGGUGCGUUGACCCUCACACCGGCCGACACAUACCAUCAGCUCCAACUGUGAGGGGGGACCCCAACUGCAGUCAGUACCUCAGCGAACUGGAACUGGAGCUGCCUGAUACAACCCAGAUCUAAUGUGGCAGCAAAAUUGCAAAUCUAAAAAAAAAAAAAAAACUGCAAAGUACUUGGGAACAAAAAACGACUUGAGUAAGCUAUAAGCUAUAUGUGUGUUUGUGUCUGUAGCCUGUUUAUUGGCAGUUAAAUUUCAAAUCUAAAUUUCCAGACAGGAUUUGAAUGAUAGAAACCAACUUGUUGCUGCAUUCUAAAGUAAAUAUGUCACAUUUUCUUCAUGCUGUCACGUUUUAGAUCCAGUAAUUAUGCUUUACUAACUGUGACAAUGCUCAGAGUGCUUUGUCGUCAGUGUUUUGUAUUGUUCAAAAAAAAAUGGAGAAUCCUUCAGUUUGUUGAAUGUUUUUAGGUGUCUUUUCGUGCUCCAGCUUGCAGACUAGGUUUUUGGGUAUGCCUCAUUUUUAUUGCACAGUAAGCAGUAAUGAGACAUGAUAAAGUGCUAAUGCAAAUAAAGUAGAAACCUGUUGAAGCUC